AUGUGGCAACGAAUCCUCCUGGAGAACCUUCAGCUCGGAAAUUGGUUGCGCAAAAUAACUCUGAGCCACGUAACAAAAACAACAAACGACGGAGAACUCCUCAAAGGAAUCCACAUUUACCCCAGCCGCGUUCUGCUAUGAAGCAAGGUGAUGGUACAUUGCCCUGCCGUACUAGCAAACGAAAUCGAACUAGGACCCGAAAAUUAAACGAUUGAUGUAUUUCAACCGUUCUAGCAGUUACCAUUUCUAUUUCUUAGACUUGGGAAUUUUUACUACUAUUAUUCUGUGUUGAUAUUUAACACAGGACCAGUAGCCACGGUGGUAGGUUGGGCCCUCCGGAAACAACCUAUUUGAUCAGUGUUUGGAUAAACACUGACGGAGAAUCCAAUUAAAUCACCGCUAUCCCAAGCUCUUAUUUAAGAUGUAUAGGCAGAUUUGCCAGAGGUUCCACCUCAUUACAAGUCUACCGCUCAUCAUCCCCGCACAUGGCAUUACACGCGAUCAUGACCAUCAAAACAUUUUAGUACCCUUUAACUGUCACCAUGAUAGCCCAGUACCCACCAUUUAUUUUUCUAGACUAUACUAGUGUGGACCACAUUCAUCACCCUGGCUGAGGACUCCGUGUUUCUCAACAUGCGUGGUACGAUAAUCAGAUCUGGUUGAUGGUAUUGUGCAAACUAGGUUA